UAAAGGAAAGAUUUGCAUACAGUGAUAUGUUUAAGAUAUUCGCAGAAUUACAAGAGACAAUCAAGGUGCCUGAUAGAGAACGAUUCAAAACUGUAAAGUGUUAUCCAUCAGGCCCUGAAGCUAUUAUGCUGGACAACCUUGCCAAAAAGGGUUUCACAACACCAUAUAGAAUGGAUGGCAUCUCACUUCAAUUUGCUGAGCUGGCUAUAAAAGAACUUGCUAAAUUCCAUGGUCUUUCCUUCGUUCUUCAAGAACUGAAACCUGAUUAUUACAAGCAAAAACUGAUGGUGUUGGAUCAGCCCUUUAAGUUUUGUGAAGAUUGGAAAACGUUCUAUACAAAUAUGCUUAAUCAAAUGUCCUCUAACUUAGGUGAUGCUCGCAAGAAGAAAUUGGAACUUUUGUUUCCAGAUUUCAUAAAAAAGUUGCCAAAAUACCUAACAGAUAAGGAACCUGUUGGUAGCGUUGUUUGUCAUGGAGAUUAUCGACCGAAUAAUAUGCUGAUGAAGGAGUCUAACGGCGUGGUGACAGAAAUAAUACCAGUUGACUACCAAACUAUCUACUACGGAUGCCCAAUCAACGAUUUCAUAUAUUUCAUCAUAACUGGUACAGACAAGAAACUACGCAAGGACCACUUGAAUGACCUGAAAAAUUUAUACUACCAUUGUUUGGAACAGUUUGUUUCAUACUUUGAUUUGGAUAUUGAAGCGUUAUAUCCGAGAAAAGAAUUCGAGAGACAGUAUCUGGAAAGGUUAGACUAUGGGUUGAUGAACGGCGUGGUGACAGAAGUAAUACCAGUUGACUACCAAACUAUCUACUACGGAUGCCCAAUCAACGAUUUCAUAUUUUUCAUCAUAACUGGUACAGACAAGAAACUACGCAAGGACCACUUGAAUGACCUGAAAAAUUUGUACUACCACUGUUUGGACAAGUUUGUUUCGUACUUUGAUUUGGAUAUUAAAGCAUUAUACCCAAGAGAGGAAUUUGAGAGACAGUAUCUGGAAAGGUUAGACUACGGGUUGAUGGUAAGCAUUUACCUUUUGCCGUUCAUUUUCGCGUCUGAAGAUACUGUUCCUGAUAUGGGCAAAGAAAAUAUAACUAAUUUGGAGAUUAAAUUAGACAAACGAUCUAAAGAAAGGAUUGAAGGUAUUUUGGAUGAUUAUGAAGAGUGGGGCAUUAUCCUAUCAGCAUUAAAUGGCAAAUGUUGGCGUUAUGAUAUAUUAGACUCGUUAGAUAUCAACGACGUGUUUCACAAAAUACCAAGUUACCUCAAGGCAAACGAUACCCAGGCCGCAAUACAUAGAAAAAACUUCGUCGAUAUGUCCAAAGUAUCCGAUGCUCACUUCAAUAAGACUCUACAGCAACUACAAACAUUAUACGAAAACGCAACAGGAUACAACGCAUCAAUAAUAGAAAACGUCGAUGAUGAAGUUAUUCAUGAAAUUAGAACAGAAUUAUUUAAUAAAAGCCGAAGAAAUGAAACCAGAAGACACAUGCUGCCGUAUCACGGAUAUUAUGACCCGUUUUGGAACCGUGCUUCCGAUUACAUAGCACGGCAGAAAGUAUUGGAUUGCAUGCUCACCCUCAUCUACAUGGCUCGGCAUCACAUGAAGAUGAUGCAUUUACAACAUAUCCGGAGCAUUUGGCAAGAAAACCCCACCGCGUGGUUGAACUGGAUAGAUCAGGUCAAGAGAGUCAUCACUGGUCCUUUACCAUAA